AUGAUUGUAACAUUUAAUUCAAUAUUUAGAGAUAAAUAUAUUAGACAUUUGAUAUUCAAUCAUAUUGGUGAUAUAUCGAAACAAUUGUACCCAAGGAAUGAUAUAAGAACUAGUAAUGAUGGUAGAUUACGAUCAUUGGCAGGAAGAGAUAUCAUAAAAUUACCUCUUCUUGAAAUGAUAAGCAAGUAUGCAAUGCCAUGGAACUUUAUUUGUCAUUAUCUACCUCGAGAUAGUGGUUUGAAUCAAGUAUUGGUUAAAAGAAGAAGAAAAAGAGUGAUCACUCAAUACUGUUAUCAUAACAAUGCAACAUUGGAUACACUGUUACAUCUAUUGGAAUGGUCUCCCGAUAUUGACUUUGAUUGGGAUUAUAUGGAAAGAUAUAGUUUUAUCAAAAUAAGAAAUCAUGAUAUACUAGAACACAUGAUCAAGAAGUGUCCACCUGAUGCUGGAAAGAAUGGUUUUCUAAUGAAUGCUUUUGAAGAGGCUUGUGAAAAUGGUUCAUACUCUAUUGUAAAUUAUCUCCAUUUUAAUAGAACUGAUCAAGGAUGUACUAUAUAUGCAAUGGAUAACGCUGCAAAGAAUAAUCAUUUGGAUAUUGUAAAGUUUCUUCAUUUUAAUAGAACUGAAGGAUGUACAGAGAUGGCUUUGCAUGAUUCUGCAACAAAUGGUCAUUUAGAUAUUGUAAAGUUUUUAAAUGAAAAUAGAAAAGAAGGAUGUUUUGAUUAUACUAUGGAUACUGCAUCUAGUAAUGGUCAUAUUCAUGUUGUAGAAUAUCUUGAUAAACAUAGAAGUGAUGGUGUAUCAACUGAUGCUAUAGAUUGGGCAUCACGAAACGGACACAUUGAAAUUGUAAAGUACCUUCAUUUCAACAGAACUGAAGGUGCAAGAACCGAUGCAAUGGAUGAUGCAGCUGGAAACGGGCACAUUGAAAUAGUAGAGUUUCUUCAACAAUACAGAACUGAAGGUGCAUCAACCAAGGCUAUGGAUGGGGCAUCUCGAAAUGGAUUCUUAAAUGUAGUAAAGUUUCUUGAUCAACAUCGAAGUGAAGGUGCAACAAUCAAGGCUAUGGAUGAUGCUAUAAAGAAUAACCAUUUGGAUGUCGUAAAGUUUCUUUAUCAAUAUCGUACAGAAGGUUGUUCAUUAUCAAUUAUUGACUGCUUAGCAAAUAACAAUCAUGAAACCAUUGAAAUGUUAUCAUAUCUAGUUGACAAUAUAAAAGGAUUGACAUGUCAAAUAGAUACUUUAAAAGAAUUACUAUAUCGAGGUAAAUUGGAUCAUUUUUAUUUUCUUUAUAAUCAUUUCUUUAGUGGAGAGAUCUCUAAAGGAGGUAAUACAUCAUAUACUUGGACAAGUGAUAUUAUGGAUAUUGCUGCUAGAAAUGGUUACUUUUCUAUUGUAAAAAUGCUUCAUGAUAAUAGAAGUGAGGGUGCAACGACAUUGGCUAUGGAUAAAGCAGCUGAAAACGGCCAUAUCGAAAUUGUAAAGUUUCUUCAUUUCAAUAGACCUGAAGGUGCAACAACCAAUGCUAUGGAUAAAGCAGCUGAAAACGGCCAUAUAGAAAUUGUAGAGUUUCUUCAUUUCAACAGAAAGGAAGGUGCAACAACCAAAGCUAUGGAUAAAGCAUCUGAAAAUAAUCAUAUUAAAGUGGUCAAGUUUCUUGAUCAACAUCGUAGUGAAGGUGCAACAACCAAAGCUAUGGAUUUGGCGAGUCAGAAUGGUCACAUUGAAAUUUUAACAUUCCUUCAUCAACAUCGUCAAGAAGGUGCAACAACCAAGGCUAUGGAUGGUGCAAUUGAAAAUAAUCAUAUUGAAAUAGUUAAAUUUUUACACUUUAAUAGAAGUGAAGGAUGUACAAAAUAUGGUAUUGAUUGUGCUUGUUUUAAUGGAUAUUUAGAAAUGACAUCAUUUCUCAUAGAAAAUGUCAGAAAAGGAAAGUGUGGUAAGAAAUUACUACAAACUGCAACAUCUUAUGGGCGCUAUGAUAUUGUCAAUUGGAUUCUCUCGCAUUCUACAGACAAGUUUGAAAUAGAAUUUCUUCAAAGACUAUUGGAUUCCAAAAAAUAUGGUGACGAUUUUGAAUUAAUUACAUACAUAAAAAAGAUGCUGGUCCACCAGAGAAAUUGUUAA